CUUCCCUUGCUCUCUGUUUCGUCUCUCCUUCUUCCUUCUCGUUUUCAGAUUCUUUCUUCGUUUCACUUCCCAGAAGUAAAAUAUUUAUUAGAGCUUGUCACAACUUUUGGAAUUCACGUGUUCUUCUCUUUCUCAGUCACGCAGAGACAAAUGGACAGACAUGUUUGGACUGAUGAGGAGACAGAGGUAUUUGUUGGUUUUAUGGAGGAGCUUGUCAUUGAAGGAAGAAUAGCUGAUGCAGGUCAAUUUAGGCCUGGAUCUUUUGAGAAACUUGCUGCAAAAAUGAAUGAGAGGUUUCCAAGUGGUGGUUUUCAAAUAACUCAUUGCAAAAACAAGGUUAAGAGGUUGAAAGAGAAAUAUCAAUUUGCUGCUGACAUGGCAGGCUGUAGCGGUUUUGGAUGGGAUGAUGUGAAGCAAUGCGUGGUUGUGGACAACAAAGAGAUCCUCGCUGCUUAUAUGAAGAAACAAGGAGUAAGGUUGUAUACUCCAGGAAAGCCUUUUCCCCUUUAUACACGCUUGGAAAAAAUAUUUUGUAAGGAAAGAGCAAAUGGGGAUGCUGCUGUAUGCGGCAAUGACGCUGAAGAAGAAGUGCAAAUGAAUGGGUAUGAAGAAAUGGAUGAAGAAGAUACGGAUUUCUUUAACUCAAAUCAUGAUUGUAGUGAAUCUCUACUCCAACAAUCAAAUUCUGUGGCUUCAUCUUCUGGGAAGAAACAAGGAAAGAAGCCUUCCUCAUUUAAAGCGGCAAAGGAUACCAAGAUGAUGAAGGAGUUAACUGACACGCUGAAAUAUGUGUUCGAUCAACAGGAAAAGCGUUUGGAUGCUUUUGCCCAAGCUUUGGUCAACACUCGUGAGGAAAAAAAGACUGGUGAUAUACUCAGCGAACUUGGAUUCACUGAUGAUGAAGUUAUUUCUAUUGCACUCAAGUUCUCCACAAAUCCUCAACUGAAAAAAAUGUUUUGGUCAUUGAAAAAUAGUCAGAAAACCGGAUUUAUUAGAGCUAUAUUGCAUACUUAGAAUUAGAGUUAAUCUCUUUGAGUUAUCAUUUCAUUUUGUGCAGACUUAGGUUCAAACAAGCAUAAUUUUACAUGCAAGAUUUUUUUGAUGUUAGUGCAUAGUUAGUUUUACGUAUUGGUUUUAAUUAUGUUACUGCAGAAACUUGUUCAA